AUGGAAGGCGAACGACUUCUUGAAAAGCUAUGGCGCGAGCCUACAGAAGAAAAUCUCCAGUGCUUACAGUGCCAGAAGUCGUUCAAAGGGAGUCCUCUUAUUCGUACAUUUCGCAUUGAGCAGGCAUGCUCGCGUCGUCCAGGUUCAAGCGCCGUUGUGUCUACGUCCCGAGGCCAUAUUAUCCUCUUCGACCGAUAUAUGGACUGUGUAGUCAGCUCAAAGAUCCUCUUCUCAGCAGUUUCUCAUGUCUGGGAUCUCAACAUCUCAAAGGCACAGCAGCAACAAAAAGCAGGGCCAGAGACGCCAGAAGCAGCCCGCCGUGUUCUAGACACCUCGGCUAGGAUUUACAACGGAAUCGAAAGACCGGGAUACGAGGCCAGGGAGCUCUGGUUGGACUACAUAAGCGUGCCUCAGUGGUCAGAUGCUCUGAGGAGUAAUAUUCUUCCCAUCAUGGAUAAGCUCUUUAGCACAGCGGAGACAACAGUCCUGUACUUCGAUGAUGUAACUCCGAAUGUGGUAAAUGAGCUCUACAAAGACGAGCGGACUCCAGAACGCCUCAGCUCAGUCAUAUCAGUCUGCAACUUCAAGUACUUCAAGCGCGUCUGGACUGCCAUGGAGUUCAUCAGAAGCGAGCGUGCCAGAACGACGAUUAGCAACUAUACUUACUUUCCCGACCUCGACGACCCUGCAUUCCUUGGCCAGAUCUUCAAGGCCUGGAAAGAUGAGGUUCGCCAACAUGGAAAGGUGCACGAUCUCGAAAGAAAGGUCCAGAUGGGCAAGAAUCAAGUCCCAUGGAGUCUCGGUACGCCCAGACAGGCAAAAUUACUGAAGAGAAUGAACUUUGCCAUGGCAACUGCUCUGCUCUGCAAGAGAGGGUGUAGAGACAGAAUGGACUUUUUCCAUGCACUGAGAGGAAUAGUUCGUGCAAGGUCCUUCAAACCAAACAGUUCUGAUUUCAAGACGGAGUAUUAUCGAAUUGCGUGGGAAUGCCUCAAAGUGGGAACUACUCUCCGCUGUUGA